UAAAAUAUUUGAAAGUAUUUGAUUUUUGUUGUAGUCAGAUUUGGAUUUUGUUUGGUUUGAAUCUUCACAAAGAAUCGAGAUUUUUGUUGCCUUUUUCUUUGAAAUUUUCUUGGGUUUUCCUCGGUCAACAACAAAUUCUGAUUCCAUGAUUGAAUAAAAAAGAAAGCUGCUAAGAGGAAAGUGAAUCGCCCAUUCCCAGUAAAGAAUAAUCAAUCAGCUUCGUAAUUACACAUUUGUAUAUGAAUAUUUGUGGCUAUCUUUGGAAAUUUCAUAGAUAUAGAUACAGUCUGAGAUAGAUAUAAUAAGAUACGGUAAGUGAAGAUGAAUGGAAUGACGUGGCAUUUAUAACCGGAUGGAAACCUUCUGUAGCCGGUCGCUCACAUUGCAUAACCCAAAAAACAAAGUUGGUUACAUUAGUAGCAAGUCGAGUAGAUGGGUACAUUACAUAGCCUUUUGGUCAUAGUUGGGUACACUCCAUGCCUUCAUCCCUUAAGUUUAUUAUCUAUUUGCGUAGGGGUAUGAAAAGGGUUUAAUGAUUGGAGUGAUUCCUUUUAUCUCCAAGAUUCUGGAAUCAUGCAAACACAGUCUAGCAUAUCAGCCACCGAAUCCAUGGACCAUGGGCAUUCUUGAAUUACUUGCUGAAGUUUAUGCAAUGCCAAAUCUCAAGUUGUAUCUCAAGUUUGAAAUUGAAGUACUGUUUAAGAAUCUCGAUGUGGAUAUUAAGUCGGUCUGUCCAACAUCUCUUCUUAACAACAGGGCAAGGAUAAUCGAAGGAAACCCUGAUUUUUCUCAGCAAGUUAAUCAUGCUAUAUCUUCGGUGAGAUCAUCUGUGAAUCAAGUUGAAUUAUCACCUGAAGCUGUCAGACUAUCUUAUCAAAGUGGUCUUUUAAAUACAUCGUACCAGCGUCCUGGUCAACUCCAUCUUUCUGCUAUAACUUUAGGUGUGCCCGAUAAUCAGCUUUCAUCUGCUCAAGGACUUCCAGUUGCACAAAAUCCAUAUGUGCUACCGGCACCAGAACUCAAUGCUCCCCAGUUCCAAUGUUUCUUUCUGAUAACGCAUAUGCGGAGUGUGCUUUCAAUGGCUAUGGAAAAAGCUGUGGAAAAACUACUUUCUACUGUCGUUAAAAGGAUUGUUUCUAUAGCAACCCAAACAACAAUUAACCUUGUUUUAAAGGACUAUGUUACUGAUCCACAUGAUAACUCGAUACACAGUGCAUCAAGCUUCAUGGUUGCUCAGCUUGCUGGAAAUCUAUCAUAUGUGACUUGCAAGGAACGGCUCCGAAGUCAGAUGUCAACUCAGCUAAGAAACUCUUUGCUGGGUUUGAAUAUUUCUAGUGAAUAUCUUGAACCGGUCAUGCAACAAGUUAUUAACGAGAAUCUUGAUUUGGGUUGUGCAUCAAUUGAAAAGGCUGCAAUGGAGGAGGGGCUAAUUUUAGUAAGAAGGGAACUUAUCCGCCAUCUUACUAAAAUUAACAUAAGUGCUACUCCUGAAGAAUUUGAUAUCAAGUCUGGCCAACUGUAUCUUCCUGGAUGGGCUAAUCUUAGUAAGAAGUUGCAUCUUGUCCAGGGGCUAAUUUUAGUAAGAAGGGAACUUAUCCGCCAUCUUACUAAAAUUAACAUAAGUGCUGCCCCUGAAGAAUUUGAUCUCAAGUCUGGCCAACUUACUUAUAGAAUUGAAGAUCCUCUUAUUCUUACUAAUUUUCAGAAUUUUGCUUCAUUCUACCAUCAAAGUUUUAAUCAAGACCGGAAUACUCAUAUAUCAAUGGGUACUGAUAGUGAACCACAAAAUUCAGCACCUUCGAAUGCUGAAAACAACUUUGAAGUCCGUGAACAGACUUCAUUUCAACCAUCAGCUCCCGAUCUUUUUACAAGCAACAGUACUGAACCUUCAGUAAGUACUGGUGGUGCAUCAGAUCAAUACCAGUCUAUUUCGCAGAAGGCGGAUACUCAUUCUGUAUCUGGCACGGUUGACAAAGGUCCAGAGUCUUCUGAACCAGAUGCUCCUGAAUUCCAUGGACAGGAGCACGCUGUAUCAGGGCAAUGUCAUCAACAUGAAGAUCCACCAUCUUUCCACGACAUUGAUAGAUACACGGAUCUUGUCUUUUCUAGCUUGAAGGGAUCAAUCAAGCUCUUUCUUUUGUCAAAGGUCUUAGAAGUGAUCGUGACAUUCAUUAUCAGAGAUGCAAAGGAAAAGAAAAACUCAUUCAGACCUAAGCCAUUUUCCAGGCUAUUUAUCAACUUUUUCAUUCACAUUGACACCCUGGAGUCUAUUAUUGACGAUACAAACUUUAAGGUUCUGAAGACCAUCUCAAAUUCACUUCGUUCCCUACAGCCUGCUAAAGUUCCUGCAUUUGGUCACAAAGAUUUCAUGCCAAAACUGCUCAAUGCAGAUGAUCAGAGUAGAUGGCAAUAUUUCCUAAACCUUCUGGUAGACUUUUUGCGGUUCAUGGAGCCUUCAUUUAGGACCCCUGAACAAAAAGAGCCGGUUAAUCUUCUCUAUGAAGAAACAUGCAGGCUGCUGUUAGCAUUGCUUGAAGAAUUCCCAGAGUUCCUCUGUUGUUACCAUUUCAGCUUGUGUGAUGUCAUCCCUUCACAAUGUGUAGAGUUGCGGAAUGCAAUUCUUUGUGCAAUCCCGCGCAACAUGAGGAAUCCAGAUCAUCACACCACUGACUCAAAGGUAAAUCUGUAUGCUGAGAUGAAUCAGCCACCCUGCAUUCUUUCCGAUUUUGAUGCUUCUUUGAAAGCCAGCAAUAUGAAAAGAGAAGUGGACGAGUAUCUGACGACGAGGCAAAAAGAUUUGCCAUUUCUUUCUCAGUUGAAGAAUAAACUUCUUCUUCGGGAACAUGAAGCUAAAAGAUCUGGAACACGAUACGAUGUGCCUUUGAUCAACUCACUUGUGCUUUAUGUUGGAACAAAGGCAAUUGAGCAGCUGUAUCCCAGUACAACUCCUCAUUCAACAUCCGCAGCUAAGGGUGCUCCAUUGAUCGUCUUCUAUGCUGCUUCGGCUUUAGAUAUCUUCCAAACAUUAAUACUGGACUUAGAUACAGAAGGGCGUUAUGCUUUCUUCAAUGCAGUUGCAAACAAUCUUCGUUAUCCCAACAACCACACGAAUUACUUUAAAUUCAUUUUGCUUUACUUUUUUCGCAAGAUUAACCAGGAGGUAAUCCAGGCACAGAUAACCAGAGUUUUAUUGGGUUAUUUGAUCACUCAUCGUCCACAUCCAUGGGGCGUUCUUGUCACCUUCCUUGACCUUACUACAGAUCCUAAGUACAAGUUUUGGAGCUUAAGUUUUACAACGCGUGACCCUGAGAUCAAAAGAAUCAUCAACUUAGUUACAUCAUACCUUGUUAGCUCGAAUCCAGUGGAAGACGACGUUGGUACUUCUGGAACGGUGCCUGAAAAGAUGCCUUAGAAGCUAUUUGUACUUGUGAAUGUAGUUCCUCAAACAUAUCAUGGUAGCCAGAACCGAGUGUAUGAUGUAUAUAUGUGCAGUGCUAUAAAUUCGUAUUUACUUUACCAAAUGUGUAUGCAUUAAAAUUUCUAGACUUUUUAAUAGUUUAUAUACAUACAUAUUCAAGUUGGAGAGCUUUGAUCUA